GUGCUGGGCCAGGCCGACAGCCGCCUGGCGCCCUACAUCAUCGACCUGCAGUCCAUGCACCAGUUCCGCCAGGACACCGGCACUAUCCGCCCUGUCCGGCGCAGCUACUACGACCCAUCGUCAGCACCAGGCAAGGGAGUCGUGUGGGAGUGGGAGAAUGACAGCGGGUCAUGGACACCCUACGACAUGGAUGUGGGUAUCACCAUCCAGCGCGCCUAUGAGAAGCAGCACCCCUGGGUGGACCUGAGUGCCAUUGGCUUCUGCUAUGUCAUCGACUUUGCCACCAUGGGUCAGAUCAACCGGCAGACCCAGCGCAAGCGCCGCAUCCGCCGCCGCCUUGACAUGGUCUACCCGCUGGUCUCGGGCACCCUGCCCAAGUCACAGUCCUGGCCGGCCAGCCCUGGGGCGGCAGCGGCCCCCCCGGUCCCCGCCUGCGCCUGUCCCCAGUGCCUCCUGGUCAUGAGUGUCAAAGCCACUGUGUCAGCCGCUGGCCCUGGCACUGCCCCCCUACAGCCCCGCAAAGCCCCCCCUGCGCCACCUGCCGCCCCCAAAGCCUCAGCGCUGGCCCCAGGGGCCAAGGUGCCCAAUGGUAUGGCCCCGGUGCGUGGCUCGCUGAAGCCGCUGGCAGCCCAAGGGGGGCGGGGGCACGAAGGCAGUCAGCCAGCCACCACCAGCCCCCCUGGCACGGGCAGUGGCAAGGCAUCCCGUCCUGGCCUCGGCACCCUGAACCGCAGCCACCUCCAGCGCCUGGCCAUCGCCCAGUCCCGGGUACUCAUUGCUUCUGGGGUCCCCACUGUCCCUGUGAAGAACCUCACUGGCUCCAGUCCUGUCAACCCAGCACUGGCAGGGAUCACGGGAAUCCUAAUGAGUGCAGCUGGGCUGCCCGUCUGCCUGACACGGCCCCCCAAGCUGGUGCUGCACCCCCCACCUGUCAGCAAAAGCGAGAUCCAGUCCAUCCCUGGCAUCUCCCACACCUGCCGCAAGACCACCAAGAAACAGGCCAAGAAGGGUAAAACUCCAGAGGAGGUACUGAAAAAAUACCUGCAGAAGGUGCGGCAUCCGCCGGAUGAGGACUGCACCAUCUGCAUGGAGCGCCUCUCUGCACCCUCCGGCUACAAGGGACCCCAGCCAGCCCUCAAGCCCGACCUGGUGGGGAAGCUGGUGAAGUGUGGCCACGUCUUCCACCUCCACUGCCUGGUCGCCAUGUACAACAACGGCAACAAGGAUGGGAGCCUGCAGUGUCCCACCUGCAAAACCAUCUAUGGGGUGAAGACUGGGACACAGCCCCCGGGGAAGAUGGAAUAUCACAUCAUCCCUCACACGCUGCCUGGCCACUCUGACUGCAAAACCAUCCGCAUCAUCUACAACAUCCCCCCGGGGGUGCAGGGACCAGAGCAUCCAAACCCCGGGAAGAGCUUCACCGCCCGUGGCUUCCCCCGGCACUGCUACCUGCCAGACAGUGAGAAGGGCAGAAAGGUACUGAAGUUGCUGCUGGUAGCCUGGGACCGGCGCUUGAUCUUUGCCAUUGGGACCUCCAGCACCACAGGCGAGUCAGACACGGUGAUCUGGAAUGAGAUCCACCACAAGACAGAGUUCGGCUCCAACCUCACUGGCCAUGGCUACCCCGACAUCAACUACUUGGACAAUGUCCUGGCCGAGCUUGCGGCCCAGGGCAUCACGGAGGAGAGCCUGGCACAGGAGAAGGACUGAGACCAUGGCAGGGAGGCAAGGGAAGGGGCACCCAUGCCGUGCCCCCCCAAGGAUAAAGCUGCUGGAGAAACCCGCAUGGGGGCUUUGCAGGGGCACCUGGAGCCCCCUGCUCCUGGUGGCGCCUGCCCAAUGGGAGCAUCCCCAGGCUGGCCGGGAAUGUGGGAGAAGGUCCUUUUGGCCAUCCCCUUCACUCCUGCGGGGAGGGAGCCUCCCCCACGGAGCUGUGGGGCUUCACGCUGGCCUGGCUGUCCCCUCCGGCUGGUGUCCUAUCCCCACUGCCACCAUGCUGAGGGCUUGGGGGGUGCUAGGCUCCCCUCCCUCCUCAUCCAUUGGACGGUCCCAGCCUGGCCUGAUUCCCCUGACACCCAUCUGGGGCUGUGACCUGGCCUGGGGUGGGAGCAGGGGCCAUGGGAGUCCCCCUCGCUCUGCCUCAUCCCUCAGCCAUCUAUUUGUUCAUUUGUCCUGUCCGGUACCUCCCCACUGGUCUCUUGUGUCCACGGAGGUUGGGGGGGGCCCUGGCCUGCCUCGGCUGGCCCCCCAGCCCUGUGCCCCCUUCUCCUCUUGGCUGUGUCUGAGCUGUGCCCUGCAGGGUCCACUUGUCUGGGCUGCUCACCC